AAGCGGAUGCUUAGGGAGGUGCUUAGGUGAUUUUGAAAAAAAAAAGAAAAAGAAAAAUAUGUAUUACCUUAAGCGACGGUGCUUAAUUAAGCGGAAGAAGCGUCGGUGCUUGGUGUACACGUGUCAUAAGACGCGUUUAUCUCAGAAAGGAGGAGUCAUCUUCUCUCGUUCUCUCGCGAUUCCGUGGUUCUCGAUUCAAACCUCGACGGCUCUGCGAUUCCUCGUGAUACCUCGAUUGACUCCGGAUCUCUCUUUCUCUUCUUCGACGAAUCCCCGUUUCUAUCGCGAAACCUCGACGACUCCGCCUCGUUCUCGCGAAACCUCGACGACUCCGCCUCUGUCUCCUGAUCUUCCCCCGACAAUGAAGCAGUCGGCGUUUCUCUCGGUGGACUCCUCGUCUCCGUCGCUCUCCUCCACAGUGCUGUUGUCUCUCUCGGUGGAUCUCCUCGACGGUGACAAACUUGUACCUCUCUCUUGGUGGCCGUCUGCGAGGAAACCAAAUCGGAAGUUGCAUGGAUCAAGGACGCUGAGGAAGGUUCGUCACAGCACAGGAUUGCAUUUGGUGGAGCCAUAUAGCUCGUGCCAUAGUGAAUCUUGAAGAUGGUUCCGUUUCUAUGAGGAAAUGGGGUCGCAAAAUCAGGGAUUUUCGCCAUCAUUCCACCGUAAGGAAUCAAAAGUAUAGAUGCAACGUCUACUUCAAUCAAUCUUUUGAACAUUUCUCUAAGCCCUAAAACAGGAAUAGGUUCUUUAGCGAAAUCUGACUUUGCUUUGAAGUAAUUUUUUCCAAAAGGCGUCUUGGGUUCAAGCAAAACUUCAAUAGGGGAAGGCGUCGGGAAUCCAGCAUUGAAAACAAUGGAAUCUAUCCAGCUCAUUUCGAAACAGUCCACCUCCGUUAACCCUAAUUCCGGAAAAUCCUUCUUCAUAAUCUCCAUCAAGGUGCCUUUCUCGCCAAGAAACUGACCUGUGUAAUUGGAUGUCACAGUCUUGUUACCCGUAACUCUGAACAACACUCGUAUGUGGAGCUCCUCAACGAGGUUUUACGCAAUUCGUUGCCAUUUAGAAAGAAUCUUGAAUCCUGUGUCUUCUUCUAGCGUUUUGAUGAUGUUAAAAACAGUUACGGUCUCAGGAACAGGAACAAGCUUGAUCUUCCAUGCUACAAUUAUCCCAAAACUUCCUCCACCACCUCCUCUAAUUGCCCAAAACAAAUCCUCUCCCAUGGAGGUUCUGUUAAGUAAUUUACCAUUUGCAUCGACAAUCUUUGCGUCUAGAACGUUAUCUGCAGCAAGACCAAACUUCCUGAGCAUUGAACCGUACGCACCACCUGUUAUAUGCCCACC